AUGGACCGCGACUUCUACUCGUUCGUCCGAUUGUCGGAUCUGAACCUCAACCUCACCUUCCGCAUCUCGUCGUUACAGGGCAAGCUCGACCGUCUGACACGCACGCAGCUGCUGGAACAGCCAGAAAGCCGUCAUUGGGGCGCGCAGCAAUCUGCAUUUCCGGAUUUGAUCGUCGAAUGCCGACUCUACUCGGACAACAAGCCUCUCAGCGUACCGGUGAAAACCGCCUACAAGCCCUUUCGCAACAACCAUCAGUGGAACGAAUGGAUCACGCUUCCCUACAAGCUAUGCGACCUGCCACUGGGUGCUCAGCUCACGUUUACUGUCUACGACGUCGCCUCGAGCAACACAUCACGAAUCAUCGGCGGGACCACGCUACCGCUGUUCAGCAAGAAGGGCACACUCAAGUCGGCGCAGCACCGAUUGUUCAUCUGGAAGGGCGUGAAGGCGGAUGGAGGCGUUGAGAGUGCUACACCGAGCAAGGUCGGCGAGAUGAAAGACGAGAUGGGUCGGCUGGAGAAGCUGAUCAAGCGACACGAGCGCGGUGAUCUCCCGCGCGUGGAUUGGUUGGACAAGCUGGCCUAUCGACAGGUGGAGAAGGUGUACCAGGCGGAAAGCCAGUCGAGCGAUCGGCUGUUCUUGUACAUCGACUUGCCGAGGUUCGAGCUGCCGAUCGUGUUCUGCGAGGCCGAGUCGAUUCUUCCUUCGGCAGAUGCAUCGCACGCGCUUUCAGGUCCGCUGCCCGGUCUAAGCACUGCCGCGACCAAUGAAGUUAGUGGUGUUGCUGCACAGGGCGGGGCUGGAGGAGGUCCAUCCACAGCACCGGGCAACCCGACCUCGGCCGCUGCAGCGGCGGCGGCAGCAGCAGCCGCGCUCUCGACCGCCGAUCCGAAUCGGAUCACCGCUUCCCUCUUCACGAUCUUCGAUCCCGAGAUCGCUCGUUCCAAUCCGGUCGAAGCCAAACACCGUCGACUCGUACGAUCGCAUCGCUCCGGUCCGUUGGACCGCGAGCUCAAGCCGUCAGCAGAGGUGCGGGACGAGCUCAACGAGAUCCUGUCGUACCCACCGACGCGCGUACUCACCACGGCAGAGAUGGACAGGGUGUGGUCGUUCCGCUUCUACCUGACACGGGAUCCGAAGGGGCUCACCAAGUUUCUCAAGUCGGUCGUGUGGACUGAUCAGGGUGAAGCGAAGCAGGCGACGGAAGUGCUGCUGCCGAUGUGGAGCGAGCCUGGCCUCGAUGAUGCGCUGGAGCUGCUCGGUCCCACUUUCAAAGAUCCGCGCGUCCGGUCGUACGCCGUGCGCCAGCUGGAGCGCGCCGAGGAUGAAGAGCUGAUUCUGUACUUGCUGCAGCUCGUGCAGGCGCUCAAGUUUGACAAGCCGAUAUCUCGCACGGCAGGAGCCGGGCUUACAGGCUCAGCGGUCGGUGACCGAGACCAGGACGGGCGCAGAGGACAUCCUGCAGCUCUGCAUCCGGCGAUGUCGCCAUCCAACUCGCUCACGACCGAUGCAGCAGCGGACAAGGACAGUAGUGGUCUCGCCGACUUUCUCAUCCGUCGAGGCCUUUCGAACCCGCUGCUUGGAAACAACCUCUUUUGGUAUCUCGAGGUGGAGUGCGAGGAUCCCAAGACAGGGUCGCUGUUCACGACGGUCAAGCGAAGGUUCUUGGAGCGACUGGCGUCGCUGCCGUCGGGUGCAGAGAGGAGGGACACGCUGUCGAGACAGGCGACGCUGCUCGCUACGCUUUCCAAGAGGGCGAAGGAGCUGCGGUCGAAUCGCGACGCGCGGCCGAAGAAGAUCGAGAAGCUCAGGGCGCUGAUCGCUGAUUCCAAGAAUGGGCUGAGCAGGUUCGACCCGCCGUUGAUGCUGCCGUUGGACGCGAGGGUGAAAGUGACUGGGAUCGUGGCCGAGAAGAGCACGAUUUUCAAGAGUAAUCUGUUUCCGCUUCGGUUGGAGUUCACUACGGUGGUCAAGAGCGAGGACAGCUCGGACAAUGCAGCAGAUGGGGACAGAAGCGGCAAUUUGCCAGACAGCAUCACGUCGAGCCUGCUCGAAGACGAUGAGGACGAAACCUUGGUGAGCGACGGGCCACCAGAUGCAAAGAAGUCGAAGGACAAGAAGGCGGAGGAUGUGGGCAACUAUACGCUCAUCUUCAAGAACGGCGACGACUUGCGGCAGGACCAACUGGUGAUUCAAUUAUUUUCGUUGAUGGAUCGCUUGCUUCGGAACGAGAACCUGGAUCUCAAGAUGACGCCGUACCGUGUGCUCGCGACAGGCAGUGUAGAUGGGAUGGUGCAGUUUGUCGAUUCGCUCUCGAUCGCUGCGAUCCUGUCGGCGCACCAAGGGUCUCUGCUCAACUUUCUCCGAGCGCACCAUCCCUCGCCAACCUCGCUAUCGACCUACGGCGUCGAUCCGACGGUGUUCGAUACGUUCAUCCGCUCAUGCGCUGGCUACUGCGUCGUCACCUACUUGCUCGGCGUAGGAGACCGACACCUGGACAACCUGCUCCUCUCCUCGGACGGGCACUUCUUCCACGUCGAUUUCGGGUACAUCCUCGGACGCGAUCCCAAACCCUUCCCCCCACCCGUCAAGGUGUGCAAGGAGAUGGUCGAUGCCAUGGGCGGAACCUCCUCCCCGCACUAUGCGCGGUUCAAGGCUUUCUGCUACACCGCCUUCACGAACCUGCGCAAGAACGCCAACCUCAUCCUCAACUUGGUCGCGCUCAUGGUCGAUGCCAACAUUCCAGAUAUCAGGUUGGAACCGGAUAAGGCUGUGUUGAAGGUUCAGGACAAGUUUCUGUUGGGCUUGAGCGAGGAUGACGCCAUCAAGGAGUUUGAGGGGCUGUUGAACGAGACGAGUUAUCUGUCGACGGUGUUUGAUAGGUUGCAUGAUAUGGCGCAGUAUUUCAGGCAGUGA